CUAUAUGGUCUUGGAUAAUAUUUCGCGUUCCUUGUUUUUCGGAUUUCAAACUACAAGGGUAAAGUUCAGAGUGGUUGGGCCGAAUAUGUGCUGUGGAUGGGAACAGUCCCACUGAAGAUCUGCAGAAGAUGUUCCUUUUUCUUCCCAAUGCACAUCACAUGGCAUGGCAAAGAUUGCCACACAUGCUGCUCAGAAGAAGUCUGCAUGCAAGGGCUGAACCGUUUAGUAGAGUAAGCCAAAUCUUCCAACCCAUCCAGGCCACUAAAAAACUAUCAGGAAGAGGUGAUGAAGUUGUCUCCAGGAGCUUUGAGCUGCUGACGGCGGCAGGAUACAUCCACCAGUCGUCCGGCGGCGUGUUCCACAUCCUGCCGCUCUGUCAGCGCGUGCUGGACAAGAUGGUGAGCGCUGUCCACCAGGAGAUGGCGGCUAUUGGCGCCGGCCAGCUGACCAUGCCGACCCUGGUGCGCGACACUCUCUGGAAACAGACGGGCAGGGCGGAACAGAUGGGUGCCGAGCUGAUGACGGUGGAGGACAGGAGUGGCCACCGGUUCGUUCUCAGCCCGACGCACGAGGAGGCGGUGACCCAGCUGGUGGGGGCCGUGUCGCCCGUCUCGAGCAGGCAGCUGCCACUGCGCCUCUACCAAGUGACGGCAAAGUUCCGUGACGAGAAGAGGGCGCGCUUCGGUCUGCUGCGGUGUAAGGAGUUCCUGAUGAAAGACCUGUACACGUUCGACGCGACCGAGGAGGCUGCGCGCGCCAGCUACCGAGAGGUGGUGCAGGCGUACACGGCGCUGUUCCUCCGCCUCGGAAUCCCCGCCGUCCGAGUCCGCGGCGACUCGGGACUGAUGGGCGGCCGUCUGUCGCACGAGUUCCACGUGCUGGCGCCGGUCGGCGAGGACCGCGUGCUCGUGCAGCCCGAGUGCGAGCAGCCCGACUGCCCGGCGUCCGUCAACCUGGAGGUGUUGCGCGACCAGCGCGAGACGGCGCCCGGCGCGCGCGCCGAGCUCUGCCAGGCGUGCGGCCGGGAACUCCACGAUCGCACGGGCAUUGAGGUGGCGCAUACGUUCCUGCUGGGCCAGCUGUACUCGGAGGUGUUCGGCGCCUGCUGUAGCGGCCCGGGCGAGGCCCGCGUGCCGCUCCACAUGGGCUGCUACGGUAUCGGUCUGAGCCGGCUGCUGGCCGCCGUGGUCGAGGCUCGCUCCGCCGACGGCGCCGGCCUCAGCUGGCCCGCGCAGCUGGCGCCCUACAAGUUGUGCGUCGUCACGCCCAAGAGGGGCAGCCGGGAGGCGGCAGCCGCCGACUGGGCGCUGCGCUCGCUCGAGCGACUCUGCCGACACCCGCGCCUCGCCGGUGACGUGGUGCUGGACGACCGCGACCACUUGACCAUCGGGCAGCGUGUUCGUGAGGCGCGGCGCGCCGGCUACCCGGCUGCGCUCGUGUUCGGACGGGAGGCGGCGCCGGCGCCGGCACCAGGCCGGUUGCCGCGCGCCGAGCUGUUGUACGCCGAGCAGCGCGUGCUGCUCGAGGAGGCCGAGCUGGUGGACCGCGUCGUCGCCGUGUGUGGAGAGACGUGAUGGUGGAGCGGCGGCCGACCGCUGCGGUCGGGUAGUGGUACUGUGUGUCCCGUGAGAGGCAUUGUUGCAGCUGGGCCGGCUUCUGCCCCCGGCAGAGCUCGUGGCUGUGUCGGCCGAUGGGUUCUUUCUGCUGCGAGGUCGUGUGUUUGGUACGUGACGUCUGUGUACGGCGUGUGAUCUGGGUCUGUGACGGCAUGGUUGAGACCACAUCAUUGACGGUACUUCCGUCUUUACAGUGAAUACGUUCUUGCAGCUUGUCAUAAUAUGACAACCUGAAACAGACCA